AUGGACUGCUCCCACACAGAACUAGAUUUCCAGCCACCACGGCCAAAUCAAUCCGUUUAUCGAGAAGACUGUACUCAGUGCUUCGAUUCAAUCGACAGCCCGGGCGGCCUGAACGUGUGUCUUUCCUGCUUCAACGGCGGUUGCGUGGGAGAGCGAAAUCAUGGUCUUCUCCACUACGAAUCUACCCAACAUCCACUGGCCCUCAACAUUCGGCGGACAAGGAAAAGGAUCAAUCGAGAAGAGCCGCCACAGAAGGUGUCAAAACUGGCUAUCGCAGCGGAGACGGAGGAGGACCGGUAUGAAACUAAAAAGAGGAUCCUUUGCUAUUCAUGCCCAACGGAGAAGGUCAACACGACUGCCGGACAUCUGUCUAGAGUGGUUGAUGGAAUCUUGAAAGCUAUGACAUUUGCAAGGCAGGAAGAGGUCAAGGCUUGGGAACAAGAAUUCACGGAGUGUGAACAUACUUUGUGUUUACAGCAAGAACCUAGCAAGCAGAUACCUUCGCAGGAUCUUGGUCAGUGUUCGAUGUGUGGGCUCAAGGAGAACCUAUGGCUGUGUCUCGAAUGUGGCAAUCUGGGCUGUGGACGAGCGCAGUUCGGAGGCGUCGGCGGCAAUUCGCAUGGUCUUGCCCACACGAAAUCAAGCUCGCAUGCAGUGGCCGUCAAGUUAGGAUCUAUUACACCAGAGGGUUCGGCGGAUGUUUAUUGCUACAAAUGUGACGAAGAGAGGGUAGACUCGAACCUUGCGAAGCACCUUGCACACUGGGGCAUCAACAUAGCGGAGCGAGAGAAGACAGAAAAGAGCUUGAUGGAAAUGCAGGUCGAGCAGAACCUCAGAUGGGAAUUCUCGAUGACCACAGAAGACGGCAAGGAGUUGAAGCCUCUCUUUGGGGAGGGCUUCACAGGUCUGAAGAACAUUGGAAACAGCUGCUACCUGGCAAGCAUAAUACAAUGCCUCUUCUCUCUUCCAGACUUCCGGCUUCGCUAUUACCGCCCUCAAGACAGCCCACCAGCAGCUAAUCACCCUGCUGAAGACCUCGAAACCCAACUUCGGAAAAUAGCAGAUGGUUUGCUGUCAGGACGAUAUUCGUACCCACAAACCGACGUUCAAGCUAUCCCAGAUAAUCCCGAGGUACCGCACCAGAUAGGCCUUGCGCCAGCCAUGCUCAAGCAUCUGAUCGGACGCGGUCACGAGGAAUUCUCCACGAUGCGCCAGCAAGACGCCUUCGAGCUACUCCAACAUCUCUUCAAACUCAUCACCAUAUCCCAACAUCCACCUCCCUUCCAGGACCCCAUUAAAUCCUUCCGCUUCGCUAUGGAACAGCGCCUACAAUGUCUAAACUGUCGGAAAGUCCGCUACCGCACCGACGAACAGGACAACAUCUCCAUCCCCGUCCCUGUCCGCCGCAAGCCAGCAUCGGCUUCUACCACAAACGAUUCAGAGACAAAAACCAGUCCACUGGCAGGCGCAAACUUCGAACCCGUGACCCUACAAGAAUGCCUCGAAAUCUUCACUUCCCCAGACACCGUCGAACUCACAUGUCCCUCCUGCACCAGCAAAGCUGGCUUCACCAAGCAAACCAAGUUCAAAACCUUUCCCCAAAACCUCGCUAUCAAUGCGCGCCGCUUCGAGCUCGUCAACUGGGUCCCUACCAAACUCGACAUCCCUGUCGAAGUCAGCGAUGAAGUCUUCGACAUGUCGAAAUACAAGUCAACUGGACUGCAAUCGGGCGAGGAAGAACUCCCAGAGGACGCGGACGUCGGUGCUGCUAACAUUUCUGCCGGAAGCUCCGGCGCAGCAUUUGUUCCCAACGCAAUAGCUCUUAGUCAGCUCGAGAGCAUGGGCUUCCCACGCGUGAGAUGCGAGAAAGCUCUCCAUGCUACGGGAAACGAGAAUGCUGAGGACGCCAUGACGUGGCUGUUUGCACAUAUGGAGGAUCAGGAUAUCGACGUGCCGCUUGAUCUUGGAGGAGGAGGAGGAGAAACCGCCCCAGCGAUGUCUGGAGCGGGAAGUGGAGGUCAAGAUCCCGAAAAGAUCGCCCAGUUAAGCGACAUGGGCAUCACGGCGCCUCAGGCACGGAAAGCGCUGAGGGAAUGCGGUGGCGAUGUCAAUAGAGCGCUGGACUGGGUAUUUAGUCAUCUGGACGACGCUGGGGAUGACGACGUUGCUGCUGUUUCUGCUGCUGCUGCGGACCAGUGCUCCAUGCAGCCGCGGAGCGAGAUGGCCGGCUCAGCCGAUCUCCCCGCCACAUUCGAACUGCAGAGUAUCGUCUGUCAUAAGGGAGCCAGUAUCCACGCCGGGCAUUAUGUUGCGUUUGUGCGGAAGGAGAUUCCUGGUGCGGAAGGAGAGGGGAAGAAGUGGGUCCUGUUUAACGAUGAGAAAGUGGUUGAGGCGGGCGAUGUGCACGAGAUGAAGAGGUUUGCUUAUGUUUACUUCUUUAGGAGCGUUUGA